AUGGUCGUCCAGUUGAAAAUGGCGUUUUCGUUUGGAGGGAACACCACUGGCGCGGCGUCCACUGCGACUCCGGCGUUCAACUUUGGCGCGUCGGCACCUGCGGCCUCGACAACGACGGGAUUCGGAUUUGGAACGUCCAACACUGCCGCCACCGCUCCAACCACGUCCACGGGGUUUUCCUUCGGGGGUGCACCUGCAACCACAACGCCUUCCACCACCACAACUCCAGGAUUUAGCUUUGGCAGCGCGACCCAACCUGCCGCCACCACGACAUCUACGACCCCUAAGUUCAGUUUUGGGGGUAGUGGCACAACUCCUGGAGCUGCAACCUUCGGGUUCGGAUCAACUACAAGCCAAACACCUGCAACCACCGGGUUUGGGUCAACAACCGCCUCCGCGUCCUCCGGAUUUAGCUUUGGCGGCACGACUACAGGGCAAUCCAGUGGGCUCGGUGGGUUUGGGACCUCGAACAACACGCAGUCGACUGGUUUGUUUGGAAAACCCGCGACGACAAGUGGAUUUGGCAGCUUUGGCGCGACGUCGAGCGUGUUUGGUUCGUCCACGGGAACGUCUGGGUUUGGCGCAACAGCCCCUGCACAACCCCAAGCGCCCGCCGUGUCGCUAGAUAUGCGCUACGACGCUCUGCCCGCUGACGUCCAAAAGCAGAUCAAGGACUUUGACCAAUUCCUAAAGGAUCAAUCUCGCGAGGAAGCGUCGAUCCAGUCCGUGUCGGCACAACCGCUAGCAGACCUGCAAGACGCUACAACACAACUCGAACAAGUGGCCCUCGUCAUGCGAAAUAUUCAAGCGCGCCAAGCUAAAGACAUUCAAACGCUGAAAUGUGAUGUAAAAGACGUCGUGUCGAAAGCGGAAGCCGCCGACCAAAUUCACAUUUACCUGACAUCCGACACGGGCAUCCAGCGCCAGGACGAAAUGCCGUCAGGGUACUAUUGGCACCUCGUGCGCAACUUUGAGCAGCGCAUGCAAACACUCAAGUCCCAAAUCAACGACGUCCACAUGCAAUUGCAAGGGCUGCAACAGGCUCGCCACGGCGCCGCCGCGCAGCAGCACCACCCAACCCCACAACUGCUCCAGCAAAUCUUGCAAUCGCAGAACGACGCGUUUAUGAAGAUUGCCGCCCAUGUCGCGACCACCCACGAACAAGCAGAGAUCCUCCGCGAGAAGUACUUGGCCACCCUCGAACAGUCGAAACAGCAACUAGACGGCAAAGUCCGCAACCCAUUUGACGCCGCAGACCGAAUUCAAGCGGAAGAAGAGCGUCGCAUUGUGGAUCGCAUUCGUUUGAGUGCAGCGCAGGUCACGUUCCCCGCCGCUUCGCCGGGAUCAACUGCAACGACGGGAGGGACUCCUGCUUCGUCGUCGCUGUUUUCGUUUAGCACACCAGCCGCCACGACGACGACGCCGUCUGCCUUUGGCGCUCCGGCAACGACGACCACCAGUGCGUUCAGUACCCCAGCCACGAGCGCCGCCUUUGGUGCUCCAUCGACCAGUGCGUUUGGUGCCCCGGCUGUCACUACCGGAACCGGUGCCCCCAGUGCGUUUGGUGGGUUUGCCCAACCCCCGACAUUGACCAAGUCGGUGAGCUUUGCCGGCCUUGCUGCUCCAGAUGCCACUGGGGGCGUUGGCAUGCCCGCAGCCAACGCGCUCAACCCAAAAUCCGUCCGGCGAAAGGCAAGCUCGAGCAAGAAGCGAUAGGCGUUCGAAACACACUACUGUGACGUUUCAAAACAACCAACCAGCCAUUUAUCCUGUGCCGAGAAAACACCUUCAGGCGCAUUAAUUUGACCGAUAUUCUCGACAUUGAACAUGGGUAAACUUGGUUCAAG